AUCGAACUUUGGCACUUUAACGUGACGUCCAGUGCAAACUCGGGCCGGUGACCAUCUGAGUACCGCCCUUGUCCUGCUACGCCUUGUCUUGAUCUGACCUCCCCGUUUGACCCUUUCCUAUUUGCAGAUCCCUCCCCCGAACCCAUUCCUCCCGGUUGUUCGGUUGCUGCACCCUCUUUUCGACUCGCCGUCUGCGAAGCGAACUUGCGCCGGUCGGAGGCGGCAUAUAUCCAUCAGCUGCGACCCAGUACCCUUCAACCUCAACUCAACAUCGAAUUCUCUUUAUCGCCAUCAUGAUUCCCCAGUCCGUCCGACGGGUCGUGGCUGCCGCGCCGCAGUCGCCCGCCGUCUCCUCUCUGGCAGCCUGUUCCGCCCCUCGCGCCGGCGCCUCCUAUAUGCUCUCGUCCUACCAGCCCAAUUCCCUGCAAAAGCGACGAUACUCCUCCUCCAAGUCGUCUAGCCCCGAUGACGGUUCCUCCAGGGCCUUCGCUACCCGCGCCUCUGUGCCCGCCGCCGGCACCUCCAAGACUCCUGGAGAGAAGCGCAAGCGCAAGGCGAAGGAGCCGGCCAUGCCGCCACUCCCCAGUGUGCCCAGCACCAGGCACAUCAAGGACGAGGCUCUCGCGCUUUCGACCUUCUUCGCCCUCCACAGGCCCAUCUCAGUUACUCAGCUUCUUCCCAAGACGGUAACCGAGGAGUCAUUCGCCGAGAUCUUCAACUACCGCAAGGGACACAAGGCGACCGAUGUCCUCUCGACCUUGUCGCAGGCCGUACACGAUCUCGAGUCGCCCAUGUCUGGGCUUAAGCUCUCCGAUAACGACGUCGAAGACGGCUCUACCAAGAUCAGCCUCAAGCACCCCGACGGCACCGAGUCCGAUGUCUACUUCCAGCUAAACUCCAUGUCCGGCCACUUCCCUCCCUUCACCCCUCCUCCGCCGCCCGAGCCCAUCGCCGAGGUUGACGAGGCCGCCGCGGAGGCUGAGGACCUGGAGAUUGCUGCUAAGGAGAUUGCUGCUAUCGCUGAGCUUGCUGCCGCCGCCGCCGAGCAGGAGCCGGAAACGCGCGUGUACAAGGCGGUCGUCACGAUCGAGGAGACGAGGGAUACCAACGGCCAGUACAACAUCAUGGCGCACAGCCCACAACUCGUCGAGGACGAUGCCGUGCAGCCGCGCAGCUUCCUGGAGCGUCUCGCUUUGCGCCAGAUCCGCUACGAGGAUGCUCGUCAGCAGCAGGGGAUCAUGCAUGCUAUUAGCGUGCGUAGGCAAAAGAAGCUGAAGAUCAAGAAAAAGAAGUACAAGAAGCUCAUGCGCAGGACAAGAAACGAGCGUCGCAAGCAGGAUAGACUCUAAACUACACAGAAGUACAUCCAGCUGGUAGAUGCUCUUUUUCUUUUUCUAUACCUCACUUGCAAUGUAAAAUAUCCUCUCCACAUACUCGCACUCACACUGUCCCACCAUCAGGUGCCUCGUCACCCAGUGAUCAGUGCGCAUUGUUUGAAAGCUUCAUGGAUUCACUUGCUCAGCUUCUUUUACGGGGAGGUUUCGUCUGCCGCUUGGUUGAUUUUCUUUUGGUCUCAGCAUAUUCGAACAUUAGAGGGAAGAGGAGAGGCAAGCUCAGUAGGUCAAGUAGUAUCAGUAGUAAGUAGCAGAAGAGGACGAUAUCCCAACAAGAAUACGCUCACAGGUUCCGUGUAACACCUUUGGUUUGUGUUGACCACA